AUGUCUCGUCCGACUCGCAGGCAAGUCCAACAACCUGUUCCUCAAUACGCUUCUGUACCGCAACAGAGUCCAUCGCGGGCCAACUCUUAUUCACGCACAUCCUAUCAGCAACAACCUACGGUAUCUCAAGUUAGCGGACCUAGACCUGUAAGGUCAACAUCUGCAAGUAGCACCCGUCGGAGCAGUCGACAACAACAUGGCCGCAAUGUCAUUGCAAGAAAUGUGGCAAAUGGAAACAUUGGAGCAGGAUAUGGCCCAUACUCUUAUCACCCAGAGACGGCACAAGAAUCCGGAGUCUAUAACAGCAAUCGUUUUAGUGCUACACCUUCAGAAACAUCUCUAACCACAGCUCCUCCCCCAAGAGAAAAAGUUCAGCCUACAGUCAUGCCUACAACAACAACCGUCCCGCAGUAUAUGUGGGAUAAGGAUCCGGACAUCGAUGAUGCUCUCCAUAAUCCUGAUCCUCGUGGAGAUUCCCAAUUUACUUUAUUCUCUCUUAGAGGAUGGGUGAACGCGAUCGCAAUUUUUCUGAUUAUUGUGGGAUUGAUUAUAUUAUUUGCCGGAUACCCUGUGAUAUACCAUUAUACCCAUCUUCCACCUCCUAUUAUUGGAUUCAACGCUGGAGGUAUCAACGGCAGUGGACAGAUACCUGUGCUUCCAAACCUUCCUGGCCUCAUUGAUCCCGAGACGCCUCAGUCUGCAAUGACGCGCAUUGGUUCUGACGGCAAAACCUAUGAUCUCGCCUUCAGUGACGAGUUCAACACUGACGGGCGAACAUUCUAUCCCGGAGAAGAUGCUUUCUGGGAAGCUGUAGACUUGAAUUAUUGGCCGACAAACAAUGUUGAGUGGUAUGAUCCAUCGGCAGUCACGACUGAAAACGGAAAAUUGGUUAUAACCAUGACAGAGCAACAAGUGCACGGCCUCAACUUUCAAAGUGGCAUGGUAACAUCGUGGAAUAAGAUAUGCUUUAAUACCGGUUACAUUGAGGUUUCUAUAAGUUUACCUGGAAGCCCAUCGGCUCCUGGAUUGUGGCCUGGGGCGUGGACCUUAGGGAAUUUGGGAAGAGCUGGAUAUGGCGCAACGACUGAAGGCACAUGGCCUUAUAGCUACGAUAGUUGCGAUGUCGGUACUUAUCCGGGUCAGGUUGGGAAAGACGGUGUUCCUGGUGUGGCGACUACCUCUGGGAAUGGAGGAGGGAUUUUAAGCCUGCAGCCAGGACAAAAACUAUCCGCUUGCACGUGUCCAGGAAGUGACCACCCUGGCCCUAGUGUAAAUGUUGGAAGGGGUGUUCCAGAAAUUGACAUCAUCGAGGCACAGAUCGACACCAGCAGAAUGCAAGGACAAGCAUCGCAAAGUUUCCAGGUUGCCCCUUACGAUGUUGGCUACAAAUGGAAUAGCAAUCCUCCAGCAGCGACCAUCGUUGAUCCCAGUCAAACGUUCUUUAACAGUUAUAGUGGAGGCCCUUAUCAGCAAGCUAUGUCAGGGCUGACAUACGUCGAUAGUCAAUUCUACAACGGCACUGCUUAUGCACCUUACGGGUUUGAGGUAUGGUCUGAUCCCAAAAAUCGGGACGAUGGGUAUAUCACCUUUUAUUACAAUGGUAAAGAGACCUGGAGGGCCACUCCAGCUACCGUGGGACCGGACUCUGAAGCCCAAAUUUCUCAAAGACUGAUUUCUGAGGAACCUAUGUAUGUUAUCCUGAACUUAGGCAUGUCCCCCGAUUUCCAGAAACCAGACUUCAAGCAUAUGCAAUUCCCUACUAAGAUGUAUGUCGACUAUGUGCGCAUAUAUCAACGACGUGGAACCAAGAACGGCAUAACAUGUAAUCCUCCUAAUAGACCCACGACAGACUAUAUUAAUAGACAUAUCGUUGCCUACACGAAUGCGAAUCUUACGACUUGGGCGAUGGCUAAUGCGACAUUCCCUCGCAAUUCAAAAUACGACGGCUGCUAA